CUCAAAUGCCACUGGAUCUCAUAAACUGAAACUUUUGGUAAUUGGAAAGGCAAAGAAUCCACGCUGCUUUAAAAACUUUCAAUGCCCCACAGACUAUAGAGCUCAAAAUCCACCUGGAUGACGUCGGCUGUUUUCAAGGAAUGGUUUCAUGAGUCCUUCGUUCCAGAGGUGAGGGUUUAUUUUGUAUUUUGUUAACUUUUUUCUUUUUUCCUUCUCACCCAAACGAAGCUCAGCUGGCAACGGAGGAUGGACAAAUUUUGGCAAUGUUUAUGACACCAAACGUUACUCCCCUCAUCCAACCAAGGGUUCAAAAUGCCAUAAAGAUCACAAAGUUGCAUUACAUAAAACAGCCGCAAUAGCAGCUGCAAACUCCAAUUUACUCGAUUCGAUGAAAAAAAUUACUUUACGAAGAGCUAUAUCUCUUUUGGAUGCCGCUUGGAGUUGUGUCAGCGAAGUAACAUUAGCUAAUUGCUGGAAAAAUAUUUUAAAUUUUACGGCAGCUGAUAACGAUCCUGAAGAUAGUGUUCCGCUCGCAGUUUUAAAAGAAAAAUGGGGAGCUGAACUUCGCGCCUUGAUGCGCAAUACCGUCGAUCUCCUUAACAGUUUGAAUGCUGAGGCUGAAUUAACGCUACCAGGCAUUCAUGAAUGGAACGAAGAUGUUGAAGAUGAUAAUGCAAAUGACGAGCAUGAAGAAGAAGACGAUUCUGAUGAAGGCAGCGUAGCGGAGGUACAGGAGAAAAUUAAGCGGACUGAAGCAGUUGAAAUUUUCAACAAGACGAUAAGGUGGGCUGGUCAUGAAGACGUCGAUUCAAAUGAUGUAAAUGUACUAAGACGUCUAAGAGGGAAAGCUGUGCUCCAACUUUUAGAAACACAGAAGAUACAGAGAAGGAUGACUGAUUUUUUCAAAUAAAACUUAAAUUUUGUGUAUUACACGUGUUACGUAAAAAUGUAUAUGUAAUGAAAACAUGAAUAAAAUGUGAAUUCCAAUAUAUAAA